CACAGACACAGCACAACGCACGGAGUCAGAUUGCGGGCAGCGCUCGCUAAUCGCCAUAGCCUAUAGCUGUAGAGAAACUGCUCCGGGAGGAAGUAGACAAGGAGAGAGAGAGAGAGGUCAACAGGGCACUGCCGGAUCCGGAGCCAAAAAAAAACCCAGAAGGAUCCAUGGCUCCCGGAGCCGGAGACGACUCUGAUCCCGCCUCUUAUAUCCACACGGUGCAGCACCUGAUAGAGAGGUGCAUGACGUUCGGGAUGAGCAUGGAGGAGUGCAUGGAGGCGCUGGCGAAGCGCGCCGACGUCCAACCCGUGGUCACCUCCACAGUGUGGAAGGAGCUGGAGAAGGAGAACAAGGAGUUCUUCGACAAGUACAGGCAGUGGAUCUCGGAGAAGAGAAGCGGGAGUACCUCCUAGUCCUAGUAGCACGGGACUCGAUCGUGUCUCUCUGCUGGCUUAGCUCGCUUUAAAUUAGCCCGUGAUGUGUAUUACGUGUGCUUAGUUAUUUUAGGAUUUAUUAUUACUUACUGUGUUUGAUUAGGGAGGAAUAAGCGGUAGGGAGGGAGGGAGGCUUGUAAUGUGAUUCUCUGUAAGCAAGCAGAGCAGUAGUCACCUGUACGGCGCGGGCUGUGGCGUUAUGUGUACAGGGUAAAGCAGGGAAAGCCAUCUCAUCAUGCGCAGCGCAGAACUGUACGCAAGUAGCCGUUGCUGGCGUGGCGUAUGUAUGUGUAUACACAAUUUGCCCCCUACUUCUCUACCGUAUGGGCUCAUCGUCGCUAAAAGUACACAGCAGUUGAAAAAGCUCGUCCUUUUCUGACAGUAAUGUAAACCAG